AUGGAAAAGGCCACUUGCAGGAUGGACGAGCUAUUGGCUCGGAUCUGCGUCGGUGAUGCGGUCUCCUUAAGUGACAUGGAAGGCGAGGGAUUGAAGCAUGUCUUCAUGGAAGUGAUGGAGCUGCUUCGGGUGGAGGAGCAAGUGUGUGGCGGGGGGAACUCGAGAUUCCUCCGCUUGCUCCGUGCACAACAAGCAAUCCUCGCUGGGUUUCCCCAUGACAAACGAGCACCCUUCAUGGAAGAUGCGCUGUCCAUGCUCUUGCGCAAGACGCAGGCGAAGAGUCCAGCGUUGGACGACGUCGUCCUCGAUUUCAUUUACCAACUGCUUGUCCACUUGCAAAUCCCUGGCAACGACACGGACGCUUCCCCUACCCUGCUACGACAGUCCAAGUGCAUUGUCGGUUGCAUUCUCAGCAUUCUUGGUGCAAACUUGGAGCGUUUGGUUGCGCAGUCGUCGACACCGCCUCCACUCGUCGUCACAGCAAUGGCAUGCCUUGGGUUAUGUGGCAUUCCCAUUUGUCACAUUGUCCACUUUGCAAAAUGGAAAGCGUUCCGCGCCGAAUGGAUGGCCAUGGUGCUUCCCACUGCCUCCAUUGAAAGCUGUCCCUCCGACUCUGACGAAGAUGAUCAUGACGACGACGACGGAGCUUUGAUCCUUCAAGCCGACAUCGACCGCCACACAAAUCAAAUGGUGCGAACGCUGCUACCAGACCCGUUCGGCCUGAAGUACAUGGGCGACCUCCCCGCGUGGUCGGACGCUGGUCUGGCCGUGGUAGCGCACUGGCUUGCAGUUGUCCCUUCGCUCAGAAGCCAGACAAACGCCAUGUCCCCUGCUAACUUGAUCGCCAUUGAGCCCUUGGCUCCUCAUAUCGAGACCCUUCUCCACCACACUGCUGUCGCCAUCAAGCGCGGCGGUCUCACCAUGUUAACUGCCAUUUUGCAAGCAUCAAAUCCACAUGUAGCCACCCCAUCAUCGUCGUCAUGCCUACUUUCGUCCAACGAGAAGGUACCACCACCAAUCAACGCGACUGGCCUCGACCAAUAUGCACGGCGCCAUCUGGAUGACAACCUUCAGUCGUUGAAUUCACUGUUUCAAGCCGUGCUUAGCGCCAUGGUCAUGCUGCCGGACGCCGCAGACCGAGCGCACGCCCUUGCAUCAUGGCAACGUCUAGUAGAUAUGGUCGCGCCGACGUUGAGAUUUGACCUUCUCGCGCAGUUGGCCCGCCUGUGCCCGUUUCCCAACUGCAUUGCCAUCAUCAUCGACCGUAUUCGGUCCGAAGUAGCCACCACGCAUUGGAUAGACUCCACAGUGCGUUCCAAACUGGCGCCGUUUCUAACAGACAUGCUACGCCCCCGCCCUGAUCAAGAGUUUGUCCGGUACAGCGACGCCAUCGUGAGCGCCCUCAGCCUCGCUCGUUUUGUCCUCCUUCGCGAUAAGGCCAGUGGCGGCGGCUUCAACACAUGGCAGCAACGCAAGCAAGUCUCGAGAAAUCUCGACGGGAGCUCCAUGUCCCAGGCAACACGACGGCGUUGUGUCGUCCGACAGACGAUGAGUCCCCAGUCGAGCUGGACUUGA